UUUUUGAUUAGCAAAAUUUAUUAUGUAAAUUUAUUUAACUGAUUCAUUAGCACUGUCUCAGCGUGUCUGUAUGUGAUUGUAUCGGCUUGUUUCAUAACAGUGCAAACCUGCGUUUUGGGCCUUUUUUUUGCCCCUUUAACAUUGAGGAAAUUUUUUGCAAUUCAAUUGCGUCGAAGUUUGGACUUACGAACACACAAACAACAACAGAACAGAGAAAUAGAAUCACAACUACAAAAUGGGAAACAAUGGGAGUAGCAAGGCCGACGCCGAUGGCAGCGAACCACCGCUGGAUGGUGGGAAGCAUAAACAACAUCAUCACAAAUCAAGCACACACUCUUCUAACAGCAACAACAAUGGCAGCAGCGACGUUGUUGUCAGCAACAGCAGCGUCAACAGCGGCGGCAGCAGCAAUAACAGUCUCAAGGUGCAGCCGUCACAAACGCAAACAAUGACGAGAUCGGCAUCGGGCGCGGAUGUAACGGAAAAGUAUCUGACCCAGCUGGUGCCCGUGGACAGAUUGGCCGAAAUAUUGAAGGAACAGACGAGUGCCAAAUACGGCAUUAAUGGCAUAGUCUCCAAUGUAUUUGUGUCUCAAGUGUUUCCACAAUAUACUGACUUGGGGCACCGCCUAUUCCAACUGAUGCACACGAACUCCAAGGCGACCACAAAGCACUUGGGAACCGUCGCCUUUCGACAGCAAUGCGAACGCUUUCUGGGUAUCAUGGACGAUGCCAAGAUCUUGGAGAGCUACAUUAAAAUGUAUGCCCAGGAAGAUAAUCCCGAUUUCAUCGACAAAACCGGCGUCACAAGGCUACUGCACAUCUGCUACACGAUUGCCAUGCAGCACUCUGGUAAUGCGGUUCUUUGCACAGCCAUAAAUCGCACAUUUGGCUCAGUGACCAAGUCGAUAUUCUUCAGUCACGACAGCCUCAGCUUGGGCUACGUUUGCCGCUGGUUCGAGCAAAAUUUAAUACGUCUAGUGCUGCUGGUGCACAAGUAUUGCGUGCACACGCUUUCCACUGCGUAUCGUGGCCUCGAGCAGCAAACGCAAUCGUGCGGCAUUGAGCUGCAGACUCCGGUGCUGGAGCAGCGCAAUCCAUUUGCAUCCCCAGGCGCAGCAGCAGUGGAUGCCACGGAUCAUAUUGGCAGCCUGAUUGAGUCCCUGAUGCCGCUGUCACAGGCCUGGUUGUUGGCCGGCGCCUUGCCACCGUUGUACUCCAAGCCGCAGACUAUUGUGCCACCGAAUAGCAGCAACAAUAGCAGUGCCUCGUCAGCUGUACAGAUAUUCAAGGAGAAACUAUCGAUGAUGCCUUCGCACUGGACACUGCUAUACGAUUCCAAUGAGCAUGGUGUGGGUGCUAAUCGUUUUUUGCACCAUGUUCUCGGCUACCGUGGCCCAACCCUAGUUCUGUUGCAUACCAAGGAUGAGCAAACCUACUGCAUUGCUGCACCCAGUGAGUGGAAGGAGACACAUUUGUUUGUCGGUGCCGAAGGCAGCUGUGUCAUUCAGCUGCUGCCGAAAUUUGUGAUACUGGAAAAGAAACCGAACAUUUUGUACCUUAACACCAGCAUACGCGGCUAUCCCAAGGGAUUGCGCGCCGGGGCUGAUCCUCGCAAACCCAUCCUGUCAGUCGAUGAACACUUCGAGAAUGUGGAUUGCAAGGGUAUCGCUGCAUGUCUCAUGUCGAUUGAGGUCUGGGGAUGCGGCGACAAAUCAUCACGCGAAGUGCAAUUGGACAUAAAGAAAUGGCAAAUCAAGGAAGCGGAACGUCAACGUACUGUCAAGUUAACAGCCGCUGAUUGGAUGGAUCAUCCGGAUCGUUAUCUGCUCGAAUUGGGCGGAAGGCAGAAUUACAACAACUAAGCACAACUAUCACUUAUAGUUAAUGUUGUUGUUAUUUACGUUGCGUGUAUUAAUACGAAAGCAAUCGGAGUCAUCGGUGUGCCUUUUUUGAAUUCAAAAACGCGAGAUGAAAAUACGGGGAAUAUUUUUAAAAAUAAUAAUUAUGCUUGAUUAUUCUUUCAUUUGUUCAUGCGCACCACAAGAUGAUUAAACACUGGACUGAAUUGUUUGUACGUUGAUGUUGAGUAAUAACCGAAUUUUUGUAAUGUUUCUUGCUUUCGUUUAAACGCAAUUUGAUUUCGAUUGAUAUUCUUUUUUAAUCUAAUAUGCUUGUAAUGCCAUUUAAAUUGUACUUGAUUAUGUUUUUACUUUUGUAUGUACUUAACAAAAGAAACGUUGUCCUUGUCGCCAGUUCUGUAUUGUUUAUAUUACUAAUCGUCAUCUGAUAUUGCAAUCUUAAUUGUCAGGUAAUUUAGAUUUCCCGUUUAUCUCUAUAUUUGCCUUCAUUUUCAUUUUUGGUUUUUAUCUUUAAAUGCAAGUAUUACGAAAAGACAAAAAUGCUUAAAAUAAAAAAUACAAUAAUAAACAUAAUCAAAUGUUGGAACAAAAAAAAAAUGGAAAUAAAUCUUUUUAUGACUGGGCGCUGAUUUCGUGAAGUCGUUAAAAUAAUUUGACGUGGCUUAUCAGUCAGUCACAACUCAUUAAUGGGUUAUCUUACAGCACAUACAGACAAGAAAGUGUUGAUUCAUGAUUCACGUAUUUUUUUAUCUAAUAAAAAGAGUUUGAUAAAAACCGAAU